AUGUGGAUAUACGUCACAUCUCUUCUCCUGUUUUCAAUUCUAGACCCGGAAAUCGUCGAAUCGCACGAAAGCAGAGGCUCCGCAACCGCAAACAAGAGCGUUCUCAGCGGAAGUUUCAUAGGAGACAUCGUUCCUUCCACCUACCCGGUCUUCAAGAUCAACCAGUCAGUGAACAACGACUCCACGUUUGCCAAUCUACGGAAGGAAGAGCUGGAGGAGAUCAGAUACCAGGCUCUGAAGCUCAUGUCCCAGCAGAGAGAGGUCUUUGAGAGACUAAGACAGACGAACAGAGACCAAACACGACGAUUUGAAGGACUUGCCUUAGGAUCGCAGAGACAGUAG